GAUGUGAAAGAUGGACCACCUCGGCACAGAGGUAUGCUGAAGCUCGGGAAACCGGGACAGGGUUGAGAAUGAAAGCAGCCAGGACCGAGAGGAUUAGGUGGAAUGAGCCACUAUCUCCCACUGUUUACAGCAGCUAGAAAUAAAAGCAGCCCGGACAGUAGAUGAAUUGCCAACAAUGGCUUGUUUGAGCCUGCUUUUUCAGCAGAAGUCUCGGGCUUAAAUGCGACCGCCAGCCGUAUUCAUAAUCGGCAACACAAGCAGAAAAUAUUCCUAGCCCAGUGACUGAGAGAGCCAUUGAGGGUUACGCCUGGGUCAAGCAGGUAUUUCGAGGAAGGCAGACGCGAGAGCUCCCUUUUUCUGCGUACUGGAUGGUAUGAAGUAAGGAAGGUACGCUCGCAAUGAAUCGGGCACAGCACUGGAGCACUCGCCGGCUAGAGAAGGCGCACUCACGAGCGGCAACAUCAGCAGCUGGAUCGCCCGUGUUUGUUUGCAGUCUAUAACGGAUCUACAACUUAUGCACAAGGAAUCCGGUAUCACGAAAUCCGAGAAACAGGAACAGAUGCAGUAAUCAAUAACUAGAACAAGGUAUCGUUUUACACUCCACCUCCCGCCUUCCCAAUUACUGAGCGCAGGGCUCUGAGGUCAUUUAAAGCACGCGCUGAACUCAGCGGCAGCCGAAACGGUGGACGCGUGUCAGCGGGAUUUAGGAAAGGGGCAACGGGAUAUUUUUUCACCCACCUCAGCGGACAAACACGCAAUUUUGUCUUGGGGAGAAAAAAAAAAGUUGGACACCUUGGCUGAAUGGGCUAUUGGUUUUUGUUUCAAUUUUCUGGAAAUCGUUCCAGGCAGGACCCAGCUUUCAUCUCCCACCAUCUAAAGAACUCAAAAGCCCUUCAGAGAGUCAACUUGGAACAGCUUUCUCCAAGGAGGGUGGCUCAUGGGAAAUGCUGGUGAAAAGGACUUCCCGGAGAGAUGCUGGCACUUCUGACUGCUGGAACCAGACUGAAGACAGCAUGAAGAAGCAGGGGCGGGAGUCGAUGUCUGUAAGUCCGACUGACUGUGCGCCUGGAGGAAGAAUUUGUGCUCAAAAUGGGUGUCAUAGUCAGCCCUGAAUCUUUUGUCUUCUGUACCGUAACCUAAAUCUGAAGCGGUAAGGAAUCACCUUGCCCGAUCCUUUCACCAAAGAGACUCGCAGACAGCUGGCACUCUGGAGAAACCCAUGCAGGCCCGGAAGAAAUACAUUCUCCUAGCCUUCUGUGCUGCCUGGCUCCUUGUGUUCUACUUUGGUGGGGCCCAGAUACGCCUGCUGAAGCUCCUGUCGCAUCGCAAGAAUGAGGAGGCCAGGCAGUGGCCCCAGUGGGUGGACAGACAUAUCCUCCGGGGUUAUGCUUAUGUGGACGAGCUGCAAAAUGAUGGCGAGGUUCAGCUGGGCUCCCCGAAAUCAAAGCGUGAAACCAGGACGAACAUCUACAAAAACAGCCGGUGCAGGAUGGAGACCUGCUUUGAUUAUGCCAAGUGCGCCAGACAUGGCUUUAAAGUGUACGUCUACCCACUGGAGAAAGGUGAGCACAUGUCGGAGAGUUACCAGAAGAUUAUCACAUCCAUCGUGGACUCCCGCUAUUAUACCCAUAACCCCCAGGAAGCCUGCCUGUUUGUGUUAAACAUUGACACUCUGGACAGGGACCGUCUAUCUGCACAGUACGUUCAGAACGUCAACGAGAAAAUCCUGGGAUACCCUCUUUGGAAUGAAGGUAGAAACCAUGUCAUUUUUAAUUUAUACUCCGGCACCUGGCCCAAUUACACGGAAGACCUCGGCUUUGACAUCGGGCAGGCCAUUCUGGCCAAGGCCAGCUUCUACGUGGAACAUUUUCGGCCUGGUUUUGAUAUUUCUAUACCCCUCUUUUCCAAAGAGCACCCCCAGAAAGGUGGGGAGAGGGGAUGGCUUGUGCAUAAUAACGUCCCUCCGCGUCGGAAAUAUCUGUUGGUUUUCAAAGGGAAGCGGUACCUGACGGGUAUCGGCUCAGACACCAGGAAUGCCUUACACCACAUACACAAUGGGAAGGAUAUCAUUUCUCUGACAACCUGCAAGCACGGCAAAGACUGGGAAAAGCAUAAAGAUGGCCGGUGUGACAAGGACAAUGAGGAAUAUGAGCAGUUUGACUACCUGGAGCUCCUCCACAAUUCUACAUUCUGUCUUGUACCCCGAGGGAGACGUCUUGGAUCAUUCCGCUUUCUUGAGUCUCUCCAGGCUGCCUGCAUCCCGGUGCUGUUGAGCAAUGGCUGGGAGCUGCCGUUCUCAGACGUCAUUGACUGGAGUCAGGCGGUGAUUGAAGGUGACGAGCGGCUGCUGCUGCAGAUCCCCUCAACGGUGCACUCCAUUGAUGAUGAUAAGAUCCUGGCAUUUAGACAACGCACGCAGAUGCUUUGGGAGGCCUACUUUUCCUCUGUUGACAAGAUAGUGCUGACAACACUGGAGAUUAUCAAGGACAGAGUGUUCUCUCAUGUAUCACGCAAUAAACUAAUGUGGAACUCAUUGCCAGGGGGUCUCUUCAUUUUACCAGAGUACUCCACAAAUCUGGCCGACUAUCCAUUCUACUAUCUCAGUCAAGGUCUUAGUCCAGGCCAGGAUUUUACAGCUGUCAUCCAUGCUGUCUCACCACUGGUCUCUCAAUCCCAGCCAAUCAUGAGGCUGCUGCAGGUGGUCUCCAAAUCCAAGUAUUGUUCACAGAUAAUCAUUUUGUGGAAUUGUGAAAAAGCAGCCCCACCUCGGAGUAAGUGGCCGCAGACUCCAGUGCCCCUGACCAUCAUUGAAGGGAAACGCAAGAGAAGUAGUCGUUUUCUGCCCUACAAUAUUAUAUCCACUGAUGCUGUUCUGAGCCUUGAUGAAGAUACGGUGCUUCUAACCAGUGAGGUUAACUUUGCAUUUGUAGUGUGGCGCAGUUUUCCAGACCGAAUUGUGGGGUACCCACCACGUAGUCAUUUUUGGGACAACAGCAAGCAAGCCUGGGGUUACACUUCCAAAUGGACCAAUGAGUUCUCUAUUGUUUUGACUGGAGCGGCCUUUUACCACAGGUAUUACCAUCAUCUUUUCACAUACUACCUCCCUGCUACAUUGCGGACCCUCGUUGAUCAGACAGCCAACUGCGAAGACAUCCUCAUGAAUUUUCUUGUUUCAGCUGUUACAAAACUUCCACCGAUCAAAGUCACACAAAGGAAACAAUACAAGGAAGUGCUCACAACCCAGGGAGUCAAAAGCUCACAUUGGCCCAAUCCAGAUCACUUCUCUCAGCGGCAGGACUGCAUCAAUGCCUUUGCCAGUUGGUUCGGCCACAUGCCUCUGGUACAUUCAUUGUUCCGCCUUGACCCAGUGCUCUUCAAGGAUCAGGUUUCCGUCCUAAGGAAGAAGUACAAGGACCUGGAGCGCCCCUGAUUGUAAUUUGAAUGCAACAAUGCAGGAUGCAAUAUUGUGGACCUCCUCAGGCCAAAAAUUGCCCAAAACUGGGCAAAGCUAACAUUCUUAUACCUGGGUGGGUGGGAUGCAAUGCGGCUUGUGGUGAUAAUUAUUUUCUUUUGGAAAAGAGCUCUACAUCACUACUGACAGAUUUAAGUUGCUCUGGGUUGGGCUCCUAAAUACAAGCUGAAGCAUUUUUGGUUUGAAAUAUAUAGGUUGGGGAAGCACGCUGGCCCAGAAUGAUUUAAUUCUCCUGUGAUUGGUAUCAUCACAUAGCAGAGUCCUUCUGCUUAAAUUAAUUGAUGUUAAUAAAACUGCCACAACCUCUGAA